AUGCACCACCUCUACUUCGCCUCUACCUCGCCCCACAUCCUCCUACCAACACUUCGGGACAUUCUCCGUCUCCCAGAUCCGUUCGCCAUCGUCUCGGUGGACUCUGAGCAGAUCCAUACUACCAGUGUAAUCAAGAGGACCCUGAACCCGUAUUGGAAUGAGAACUUUGAUAUCGAAGUGAAAGACUCUUCUAUCGUGGCUGUUCAGAUCUUUGACCAGCGCAAAUUCAAGAGAAAGGCGAACCAAGGAUUCCUCGGAGUCAUCAACAUUAAGGUUUCCGAUGUCAUCGACCUCGAGCUCGGCGGGCAGGAAAUGCUCACAAAAGAGCUCAAAAAGGGCUCUGACGGCCAAGCAGUCCAAGGCAAACUCAUCGUCUACCUCUCCACCCAAACAUCCGGCCCGGCCCAAUCAGCUGCCCCCGGCGCCGCCGCUGGAUCAAACAUUGCUACCCCUUCGGCCACUGCCAACGCUUCGUCUCUGAACGUCUCCAGCGCGGCUGCGGGUAUCUCUAGGCCCACUUCGACCGUUCCGGCUGCUGCGCCUGCCAGCCCGGCGAGGGAGGCCGAGGUGGCGGCUGCCGUCCCUCCUCCCGCUGCUAGCCCCGGAUCCGCCCCGCUCGUUGCGCCCACUACCACUGCGGCCAGUACUGGCCAGACCGGCACCAACACCACGGCAGGCCACGAGUUUGACUCGCACUCUGACCAAUACGGUCCUCUCCCCGGCGGCUGGGAACGCCGUAUCGACCACUUGGGCAGGCAGUACUAUGUCGACCACAACACGAGGACGACUACGUGGAACAGGCCGAGCAACGAUUCGGUUUCGAAUACUGCGACGCAGGCGACUACGACGGGCGAGGCGAGGGCCAGGCAUAAUCAGCGAACUUUGCCGGAUGAGAUGCUCGACGUACAGCAGAGCGGCGGGAACACUGGUACUGCUACUCCUUCUCACCCCCCACCAGGCGCAGAAGCUCCCAACAAUACGAGCAAUGCUACUACCGCGGGGCAAGGACCUUUGCCGAGCGGGUGGGAGCAGCGAUUCACCCCCGAGGGCCGACCUUACUUUGUCGACCACAACACCCGAACGACCACUUGGGUCGACCCGCGCCGACAGCAGCUCUUGCGCUUCAUCGCCCCCGGGCAGCAGGGCAACAACCUGUCUGCACAACCGCAGACUGUCAGCCAGCUCGGUCCCCUUCCGAGCGGGUGGGAGAUGAGGUUGACCAACACUGCCCGAGUGUACUUUGUCGACCACAAUACAAAGACUACGACGUGGGACGACCCCCGACUGCCGUCUUCGCUCGACCAGAAUGUGCCGCAGUACAAGCGAGACUUCCGACGAAAGCUCAUCUACUUCCGAUCGCAGCCUGCGCUGAGGAACAAUACGGGGCAGUGCCAUAUGAAGGUGUCGCGAGAAAACAUCUUUGAGGGGAGUUAUACGGAGAUUAUGAGGCAGACGCCGAGUGAUUUGAAGAAGAGGUUGAUGAUCAAGUUUGAGGGUGAAGAUGGUCUGGAUUACGGAGGUCUUUCAAGAGAAUUCUUCUUCCUGCUCUCUCACGAAAUGUUCAACCCCUUCUAUUGUCUCUUCGAAUACUCUGCCCACGACAACUACACCUUGCAAAUCAACCCCAACUCUGGCGUCAACCCCGAACACCUGAACUACUUUAAAUUCAUCGGCCGUGUCGUCGGUCUCGCCAUCUUCCACCGUCGUUUCCUCGAUGCCUACUUUAUCGUCUCAUUCUACAAGAUGAUCUUGGGCAAGAAGAUUGCGCUGCCAGAUUUGGAGAGUGUGGAUGCUGGCUUGUUUAGGGGGUUGACGUGGAUGUUGGAGAAUGAUAUUACAGGUGUCAUUGAGGAUACGUUUAGUAUUACGGAGGAGCACUUUGGUGAGGUUGUUACGGUUGACUUGAAGGAAGGUGGGAGGGAUGUGGAAGUGACGCAGGACAACAAGAAGGACUACGUCGACCUGGUAACCGAGUACCGUAUCUCUCGCCGAGUGUCUGAACAAUUCCAAGCGUUCAUGUCUGGCUUCAACGAGCUCAUCCCUCAGGAGCUCAUCAACGUCUUUGACGAGAGAGAGUUGGAGCUGUUGAUCGGUGGUAUGUCGGAGAUUGACGUGGACGACUGGCAGAAGCACACCGACUACCGAGGAUACAACCCCUCGGACGAAGUAGUCGAAUGGUUCUGGAAGUGCGUCCGCUCCUGGCCGCCCGAGCGUAAAUCCCGACUCCUCCAAUUCACCACCGGUACCUCUCGUAUCCCCGUCAACGGCUUCAAGGAUCUUCAAGGGUCUGAUGGCCCGAGGAGGUUUACGAUAGAAAAAGCUGGAGAAGUAACGCAGUUGCCAAAGAGUCAUACGUGUUUCAACAGGAUUGACUUGCCGGCGUACAAGAGUUAUGAUGCGUUGGAGCAGAAGCUGACUAUUGCGGUCGAGGAAACGCUUGGUUUCGGCCAAGAAUAA